AUUGACAGGAAGCUAAGUCCUUCUUAUCCAUUUGGCGCUGUAUUCUUCUUCACAGGCAUGGUUGUGGUGGUUCCUCUUGAUUGCCUCUCUUUUCAGCAUUGUCUUCGCAAUCGCACAACCCAUUUGCCCCUCUCCUCCAGAUUCACCACCACCACCACCACCUCUCUCUGCUUCCACUCUCCCAUAAUUCAAGCCAAGUUGCCUUUUUUCACCAAUUCCGACUCCUUUCAAGUGGGUCGACCCAUUGGCACUUAUGGCUUCAUCAACGUCACCAGCUACUCUGCCUUUCCCUCUGGGCCUGGCACUGACUAUUCUCUUGAAGACUUGGGAGGACUGAAGACUCAAGAUGUUGGAGAAGGCAAUGUCAAAAUCAGGCUCUACGAAGGGAGGGUUUCUCGGGGUCCACUUACUGGAACUCCGGUAACUUUUAAGGUUUAUCCUGGAAGGCGAGCUGGGGGAGUCGUGGCUGAUGCACUCGCUGCAAAUGAGUUGAAUACACACUUGUUUCUUCAGAGCAGUUCUAAAGGUAUUGGUCAGAAUCUUGUGCUGCUUGUAGGUGGGUUUGAAACAACGACUGGAGAGCAGUGGCUUGCAUUUCGUGAUGAUGGGAAAUAUAACGCUGCAGACUAUGCAAAACUUGCAAGUGAGAGGGUAUCGAGAGAUCGAGAAGGGUCAUCCUGGAAUCCCUUUGAGCAAGGACUGACAACCAAAAGGAGACAAAAUUUUAUCAUAAAGAUGCUCCAAGGUGUCAUGAAGGGUCUAGCUUACUUGCAUGACCACGAUAGGUUGCACCAGAGUCUAGGACCGUUUUCUGUGGUUCUCAACACAAUUUCAGAAAGAGAAGGUUCUUAUUUGAUUCCAAGACUCCGAGAUCUAGCAUUUUCUGUUAAUGUCAGGUACACAGAACUAGAUGAUUCGGGACAACUUGUGGAGGGGCUUUGGAGAAGAGCAACAGGUGCUGGUGCAUUCACACAAAUGGAGAAAAGAGCUUUUGGAAUAGCUGAUGACAUAUAUGAAGCAGGUCUUUUUUUUGCAUACAUGGCUUUUGUUCCAUUUUGUGAGGCUGGUGUAAUGGAUAGCCUUUCCUUGCAAAGGCUUUUGGAGAACACUUUCCAACUUGAUCUUGAAGCAACACGAGAGUAUUGUCUAGCAGAUGACAGAUUAGUAAACGCUGUCGAGUUCCUGGAUCUAGGCGAUGGCGCUGGUUGGGAGUUACUUCAGGCAAUGCUUAAUGCUGACUUUCGAAAAAGACCAACUGCUGAGGCUGUCCUCAAUCAUCGGUUUAUGACUGGGGCAGUCCUUUGAAUUUCAAGGUCAAAGAACAUAGUUGUUUGUGGCUUUUAUGAAAUAUCUAGCACAUGGCUCACUACAUAAUGUAAAUUUGUUUAUCAGUUUCCAUGACUUAUUUAGGAUUUUUGGUAUGCAAUAAUUUAUCGUCAUUUGUUAUUUAGAAAAAAAUAUUCUAUUUUGGAUUAUCUUAUUGCAGCUUAGAAUAGGAGUAAUUUGUUAGGGUGUUUGGCCGUAUUAGGUCAAUAAAUAGGCCUUUAAUGUAUAUAUUUGAGUUUUUUUUAUUAUCAUAUAAUAUUGAGCUUUCUUCAUUAAAA